AUGGAGCGGCUUAAUCGAGCCAAAGAAAUAGGUCAAAAGAUCGUCGUAGAUGUUGAUUUUGCGCAUCUCAUGUCUGAAUCUGAGAUCUCUAGCCUCGUUCAGCAGAUUAUGUAUUGCUAUGCGGUGAAUGGGAGAAGUACUUCACCUUGUCAUCUAUGGCUUACAGGAGUCCAAGGGAAGAUGAGUGCUGAGCUUGAUAAGCUUCCUGGUUUUGAGAAAUGGUUCAUUGAGAAGGAAAGUAAUUGCUACAUCGAGGCCAUGGCUGAUCAGAAAGAUCAUUUGGUCUACCUUACCGCUGAUUCUGAUACUGUUUUGGAUGAUCUUGACCCCAAGCAUAUCUACAUUAUCGGUGGCUUAGUGGAUCGAAACCGAUUCAAAGGGAUCACCAUGACCAAGGCACAAGAACAAGGCAUCAAAACAGCUAAGCUUCCCAUAGCAGAGUAUAUGAAAAUGUCAAGUUCUCAGGUUCUCACUGUGAACCAAGUUUUGGAGAUACUCGUGAAGUUUCUGGAGACUAGGGACUGGAAAACAGCCUUCUUCACUGUGAUUCCUCAGAGGAAAAGAACCGGACUUGAUCCUGUUGCUUCUUCGAAAUUGGAACCUCAGGAGGAAGACGCUGAUGAUCAUCUGGAGAGGAAAAAGGUAUGCGUUGAAGUUCCUCUGGAAAGUAGUAGCUAGAUGAAUGGAGAUUAUGCAUAUGAGAGUUGUUUCUAUAUCCGCUAAACACUGGUUUCUGUAGCUGAGAAUUGGAAUCUGGAAUGUUUUGUCCCUUUAUA